GUUCGGGAGCGGCACCGGGACCGGGACAGGGACAGGGACCGGGACAGAGACCGGGAUCGGAACCGGGACACGAACCGGGACAGGUACAGAGACCGGGAUCGGAACCGGGACAGGGACAGAGACCGGGACAGAGACCGGGACAGGGACCGGGACAGGGACAGAGAUCGGGACACGAAUCGGAACCGGGACACGAACCGGGACAGAGACCGGGACAGGGACAGAGACCGGGAUCGGAACCGGGACACGAAUCGGGACCGGCACCGGAACCGGGACAGGGACAGGGACAGAGACCGGGACACGGAUCGGGAUCGGAACCGGGACAGGGACAGAGACCGGGACAGGGACAGAGACCGGGAUCGGAACCGGGACACGAACCGGGACAGGGAUAGAGAUCGGGACCGGGAUCGGGACCGGGACAGAGAUCGGGACACGAAUCGGGACAUGGAUCGGGACAUGGAUCGGGACACGAAUCGCGAUCAGGACAUGGAUCGGGACAUGGAUCGGGACCGGAACCAGGCCACGGAUCGGAACCAGGCCACGGAUCGGAACCGGGACACGGAACCGGAGCCGUGUCCGGGCCCGGAGCCCCCCAGAGCCGAGCCCGGCCCCACCCGCUGGGGCAUCUGCUCGGCCGGGGCCAUCAGCCACGACUUCGCGGUGGCCCUGAAGACGCUGCCGCCCUCGGAGCACACGAUCGCCGCCGUGGCCGCCCGGGAUUUGGGGCGCGCCCAGGAAUUCGCGCGGCGCUUUGGGGUGCCCCGAGCCUACGGAUCCUACGAGGAGCUGGCGGAGGAUCCGGGCGUGGACGUGGUGUACGUGGGCGCGGUGAACCCCGCGCACCUGCCCGCGGGGCUGCUCUUCCUGCGCCGGGGCCGGGCCGUGCUCAUGGAGAAGCCGAUGGCCCUGGACGCUCGCCAGGUGGCCCAGCUGGUGGCCACGGCCCGGGAGCGCGGCGUGUUCCUGAUGGAGGGAUUCUGGACCCGCUUUUUCCCCGCCUGGCGCCGCCUGCGCUCGCUCGCUGCCGGGGGGGCUCUGGGGACCCCCCUGGUGCUGCGGGGGUCGCUCGGGUUCGCCCUGGGGGGGGUCCCGCGGCUGCGCGAGCCCGCGCUGGGCGGGGGGGCCCUGCUGGACCUGGGCGGGUACGGGCUGCAGGCGGCGGUGGCGCUGCUGGGGGGCGGAGACCCCCCCCAAAACCUGAGAGCCCUCGGAGUGCUGCACCCAACUGGUGUGGACGAGUCGGUCUCGGUGUCGCUCGCGUUCCCCGGGGGGAAUUUCGCCUCCCUCACCUUCUCCAUGGCCGCGGAGCUGCCGGGGGGGGCGGCGCUGGGGGGGCCGCGGGGCUGGGCCGAGCUCCCCUCGCACAUGAACUGCCCGACCGAGCUGAUCUGGGGGGGACACCGCGAGCAUUUCCCGCUGCCGCCGCCCUCGGAGCCGCUGAAAUUCCCGCACAGCACCGGGCUGCGCUACGAGGCGGCGCACGUGCGGGACUGCCUGCUGCGGGGACUGACCGAGAGCCCCGAGAUGCCGCUGGCCGAGAGCGAGGUCAUCGCGCGGCUGCUGGACGAGGCGCGGGCCCAGGUGGGGGUGGGGCCCUGCGGAGUGACCACUGACCAGCCUGAGUGACCACUGACCGGCCUGAGUGACCACUGACCCUCUGGUGUGACUGCUGAUCCACUGGAGUGACCACUGAGCCCUCUGGAGUGACCAUUGACCCUCUGGAGUGACCACUGUGCCCUCUGGAGUGACCAUUGAGCCUUCUGGAGUGACCACUGACCAGCCUGAGUGACCACAGCAGCUCUGACGUUU